CACAAUCAACCAUCACCGAACACAAACUUAAGAUCAUAUAUAUCCCGUUUAAUCCAUAACUGGAAUCACUUACUCAUCUUCCAUCCAUUCUAUUAAAUUUUUUCUUUUCUUCAAAUCAUCUAUUUGUUAUAUAUUAUGGCAUUGGAAGAGAUCUUUGUUACCGGUGCCACAGGGUUCAUGAAAAAAUUGGUCUCUGUUGCUGCCAAAAAAAUUGGAAAGGCUGGGGCAAUAGAUAAAGAUCUACGAAAGCUUAAGGAUACUCUGGAGAUGAUCGCAGCUGUAACAUCUGAUGCUGAAAAGAAGCAGGUGAAAGAAAAAGUCGUGCUCCUCUGGUUGAGAAGGCUCCAAGACGUUGCAUACGACGUUGAUGACCUUUUGGAUGAAAUUUCUUAUCAAGCUAUGCGUGGAAAAACGAAGAAGGUAACAGUCCAAUCUAAAGUUAAAUUUGGUUUGGAAAUAGCAGAAAGAAUUGAAACUAUUAAUCAUGAAUUAGAUCGAAUUGCUAAGGACAACGCUAUGUUUCAGUUGGAAUGUAGCGUUGAUGAUCUUACUGAGCAACUAGACCGAAUAACAGUAUCCUUGGUAGAUGAUUCUAAAAUUGUCGGAAGAAAACAUGAUAAAUCUCGCAUAGUAAAGAUGUUAUUGAUGACGAACCCUCCUUCGGCAUCAUCAUCUGGUAACUCUAGUCCACAUGAAAAUGUUUCAGUCGUGUCAAUAGUGGGUAUGGGGGGGAUUGGGAAAACGACCCUCGCUCAAUUGGUAUACAAAGACAACUCGGUUGAGAGAAGCUUUAUGCCAAGAGCGUGGGUCUGUAUUUCUGACGAUUUUGAUGUCAUUCUAAUUUUAAGAAAUAUUCUCGAGUCCUUAACUGGAACGAAAUGUGAAAUGUCUAAUGUCGAUGUACUAGUAAGAAAAGUUCAUGAAAAGAUUAAAGGGAAGAAAUACUUGCUGGUGAUAGACGAUCUCUGGAACGAGAAUGCUGAAGACUGGGAAAAACUUAGGAGUGUAUUAAGCGUGGGUGCUAAAGGGAGUAAAAUACUAGUGACUACACGUAAAGAAAAUGUUGCUUCUAUUGUUAGGGGUACAAUACCACCAUACAAUCUAACAACCUUAUCCCAACAAGAAUGCUGGUUAAUUAUCAAGAAUAGAGCCUUUUCUCCUGGGGGAGCAGUCGAAAAUCUAAUUAUGUCAAACAUAGGAGAGGAGAUAUCAAGAAAAUGUGCUGGUUUACCACUUGCAGGUAAUUUUCUCGGGAAUCUAAUGCGCUUGAAAAGAAAGGAAUCUGAUUGGUUGGCGAUCAGAGAUGACGACGUUUUCAAUACACCAGAAAAUCCAAACAAGAUUAUUCUGAUAUUAAAAUUGAGUUACAAUCAUUUACCAUCCCAUUUGAAAAAGUGUUUCUUAUAUUGUUGUAUAUUUCCCAAAGAUUGGGUAUUUCAUAGAGAAACGUUAAUUCGAUUGUGGAUGGCUGAAGGAUUUAUUCACCCAUCUAAUGGAGAAAAUCAAAACUCACUCGAAAGUAUUGGUAAUGAUUACUUCUACAGUUUGUUAUCUAGCUCUUUCUUUCAAGAUGUAAAAAGGGACUACUACUUAGGCGACAUUGAAACCUUUAAAAUGCAUGAUUUAGUUCAUGAUCUUGCGUUAAGUGUCAUUGGCAGUCAUGAAGGUACCACUCUGAGUGCAAGUGAAAUGGAAAAUGAUGUGUCUCAAAUUCGUCGGGUACGGUUAACAAUGGAAGGAAUACCCAAAAUUGGUUGUGAUGUAUUAAAAAAUGCAAGAAAAUUGAGGACAAUAUUUUUCCAAGAAGAAGCUUUUGUUUUUCCAUGUCCACUGAGUAACAAGCGUCUUCGUGUAAUACAUCGUCUUGGUAGUUCUGGAAGUCUGAAAACUCUAUCUUCUAGUUUCAAGUUUAAACACAUGAGGUACCUUGAUCUCAAGUGUUCAAAUCUUGAAGAUGUUCAUGCUGAGUCCAUUCAUCAACUCUACAAUCUGCAAACUCUCAAUCUUUUUCGAUCCCAUAAUGUUCAAGAGUUUCUCAAAGAAGGAAUUGGUUCUUUGAUUAAUUUGCGACAUCUAGAUUUAUCUUCCUCAGACAUCAAGCUUCUACCCGAUUCUAUCACGGCGCUCACCCAUUUGCAGACUUUAGAUAUCCGUGAGUGCAGUCAUAUUAGUUCCUUACCCAUAAAUAUUGGGGAGCUCAAAAAUCUAUCAUUCCUUGAUAUUUCAUGUACAGGUAUCUCAGAGUUACCCGAUUCAAUUUGUCUCCUCCAUGAUUUAACAAAGUUCAACUUCGACUCGUCGAACAUAAAAACACUACCUCGUAACUUUGGAGAUUUGACGCAACUAAGGUCACUUAAGUUGGAAUUUUCUUCAGUAAUAGAAUUGCCUCAGUCUUUGACUAGCAACAUCUGUAAGUUAGAGUUUGUGAACUUUGGAUGUUACUGUAAAUUUCCCAAUGACAUUAAGAAUUGGGUGGAAUUGAGACAUCUGGAGUACUAUGGAAAGAGGGAUAAUCUAAUAAUGCCUAGAGGUAUUGAAAAUCUAACUCGCCUCGAAGUAUUAGAGCCUUACAUGGUGAGGAAAGAAUAUGAUCUCUCCAUCGGUACCUGCAGUUAUCAUUCAAGUUCUUCUAUCCAAGAAUUAGAAAAUCUAAACUCCCUUCGGAGGUUAUCCAUUGAACUUCUAGAGAAUGUGAGAGGUGGUAAAAUUGAGGCAGAGAAGGCAAAGUUAAAAGACAAGCUAAUCAUUCAGCAUCUGAAACUACAAUGGAUGAAUUUCGAAGAAGAAGAAGAAGAAGUGGUUAUUAAUAAUUCUGCUAUGGUGCUGGAAGGUCUCCAACCUCACCCUAAUUUGGAGGAAUUGCAUAUCGUUGGUUUUCCUGGUUUACAGACUCCAAAGUGGAUGGGAUCAUCUUCUUGUCUUCCUGAUCUAGUGGAAUUAACGUUUUCCUACUGCAAGUUUUGUACAAACUUAGUGGGGCUGGGUCAACUCCCUUAUCUUCAGAUUCUUAAGUUAAAUGGAAUGCAUUCAGUCAAGUGUUUAGGUAUGGAGUUUUAUUAUCAGCAACAAGAAGAAGAAGAAGAAAACAAAGGUUUUGCAAUAGCUACUAGAAGAACAUUAUUCCCUUCCUUGGCUGAGUUGAGCAUCGAGGGGCUGGAGAAUCUAGAAGAAUGGUUGGCACCUCCGCCACCUGCUAAAUCCUUCCCUUGCCUCAAGAAAGUAGAGAUCAAACGUUGCGGUAAUUUGACAUCUAUACCAGAUCUACAAUUAUGUACUUCGUCUCUCACAGAAUUAACGAUAAGGGAUUGCGAAAAAUUGGAAAAGGAACAACACCAAUAUCUCUUACGGAAUUAACCAAAAGAGAUAUUAAAAUACCUCCCAUAUGUUUCAAUUUAUGUCAACCAACAACAGUACAGUUGUAAUGGCGACAAGUACAAGUAACUGAUUCAGAUAUUAGGUCAUUUCUUUCAUUUGGUGGAUUAGUAUUAGUUCUUCAAAGAGGUCUCGUUGUUAAAGCUGUUACUUUUGUUGCUCCAAAGGUAUCAUUUAUUAUCUUCUUUUAGUUUAAUUCGGGGUUUUGGUUAGUAUUUGGAUGAAGUUGAAACCUUUUUACAUUAUCAUGAUUCGUUAGCUGUAAUCUUUGGUUGGAGUUAAUUGUUAGGGGUUUAUAUGAAAGCUCAGGCUAUCUUAGGGUUCUUUUUAGUGAUGGAGUAGAGCUUUAUCUAUCGAAUUGGUUGUGAGUGAUGGUUAGAGCCAGGACUCCGGUGUAUUACACUUGUGUUACACUGGGCUUUGUGUGUGUUACUAUAUAAUUGUUGGUUAAAUGAGAUGCCCGAAUUAGAAUUUUAUUUUUUGUUGUCGUCACACAU